AUGGGUAACUACUCACUACACAUGAAUCUCGAUCGAGUUGAAGCUUGGCCGGUCGAGUUGAGGAACUCGACCGGUUGGUCGAGUAGACGGUCGAGCUGGUCUUCAAGAUGGCUUCUCCCUUCUUCCUUUGCGUAUCCAGUUGAGCUGCGUCCAUGUGCCAAGUCCCUCCAUGCUCCUCAUGUCCCAUAUGCUCCAGAAUGCUCCAAAAGACCUAUUUCAAAGGACCAAACAUGCAUAUAUGUGGCGAGAGUUGGAGUUGACAACGAAGCUGAUGUUGUCGAGGAACUCGGUCGUGGUUAUCGAGAAAAGAAGGUUUCCACGAGAUUGAAAGAUUUUGUUCUAAACACGGUCGUGGAUCCGAAUGAUCCGACCGAAGUCACAGUGGCAUUUGAAGAUGAGGUUGAUGUUGAAUAUCCACUGUCUCAUUAUCUCGACAGCAGCAAGUUCUCGCCAAGUCACAGGGCGUUUCUUGCUGCAAUCACUGCAGGAGCAGAGCCAACUCUGUUUGGUGACGUUGUGGUCUAUGAAGUGUGGAGAGGUGCAAUGAAAGUUGAGAUUGAGGCCCUAGAUGAGAAUCACACGUGGGAUUUGGUGAAAUUACCAGCUGGUAAGCGAGCUAUUGGAUGUAAGUGGGUCUAUAAGAUCAAAUACAGAGCAUAUGGCUCGAUUAAGAGGUAUAAAGCAAGGCUGGUCGUGCUUGGGAACAGACAGGAGGAAGGAGUGGAUUUCAAGGAGACAUUUGCUAUGGUUAUCAAUAUGACAACCGUGAUAAUCUUCUUGGGUGUCGCUGCUGCAAAGAAGUGGGAGUUGCAUCAGAUGGAUGUCCACAACGCGUUUCUCCAUGGAGAUUUGGAGGAAGAGGUCUACAUGAAACCUCCUCCUGGUUUCAAAACAAAUGAUCCAACCUUGGUUUGUCGGCUCAGGAAGUCCCUCUAUGGACUUAAGCAAGCGCCGAGAUGCUGGUUUGCGAAGUUGAGAGAUGCACUUAAGAAAUUUGGUUUUGCUCAGUCGUAUUCUGACUAUUCUCUUUUCUCUCGCACACGAGGUUCGUCGGAGCUGUAUGUUCUGGUGUAUGUCGACGAUUUUAUCAUUGGUGGGAAUGAUCCAGCUGAGAUUGUGGAGUUCAAAGCGUACUUGAGUACAUGCUUCCACAUGAAAGAUCUGGGAAAGCUGAAAUAUUUUCUCGGGAUAGAGGUGGCUCGCAAUCCGGAAUGUAUAUUUCUCUGUUAG